UCUUACUCAAGAGCAUUUUGGGGUGAAAAUAUCUAAGUUUACCAGCCCUUGUGCAAAUCUGAGAUGAAGGACUACAUUAAAAGUAAAAUUCACCUUAGCAGGAAGUGGAGUUUGCUAUUCUGUGUAUAUCUUUAACAGUAUCUGCUGAAAAGAACCCUUUUGUUAAAUAAUUGUAUUACAAGUCCCCAACUUAAUCUUUUCGAAUAUGAAAUAAGAGAGGGACAGUGCACAACAGCAAUGUCCCCAGACCCAUCUUUAAGUGAAGCACCAGGCCGAUGAAACAUCCCUCUCUGCUGCCUUCUUUCUCUGAUCACAACUCAGCUCCGGAGGAAAAAGAGUCCUCUAAGGUAUAAUAAAAAGAAAAAAAGAAAAAGAGUCCUGCCAAUUUCACUUUCUAGUUUCACUUUCCCUUUUGUAACGUCAGCUGAAGGGAAACAAACAAAAAGGAACCAGAGGCCACUUGUAUAUAUAGGUCUCUUCAGCAUUUAUUGGUGGCAGAAGAGGAAGAUUUCUGAAGAGUGCAGCUGCCUGAACCGCAGCCCUGCCGAACAGCUGAGAAUUGCACUGCAACCAUGAGUGAGAACAAUAAGAAUUCCUUGGAGAGCAGCCUACGGCAACUAAAAUGCCAUUUCACCUGGAACUUGAUGGAGGGAGAAAACUCCUUGGAUGAUUUUGAAGACAAAGUAUUUUACCGGACUGAGUUUCAGAAUCGUGAAUUCAAAGCCACAAUGUGCAACCUACUGGCCUAUCUAAAGCACCUCAAAGGGCAAAACGAGGCAGCCCUGGAAUGCUUAUGUAAAGCUGAAGAGUUAAUCCAGCAAGAGCAUGCUGACCAAGCAGAAAUCAGAAGUCUGGUCACCUGGGGAAACUAUGCCUGGGUCUACUAUCACAUGGGCCGACUCUCAGACGCUCAGAUUUAUGUAGACAAGGUGAAACAUGUCUGUGAGAAGUUUUCCAGUCCCUAUAGAAUUGAGAGUCCAGAGCUUGACUGUGAGGAAGGGUGGACACGGUUAAAGUGUGGAGGAAACCAAAAUGAAAGAGCGAAGGUGUGCUUUGAGAAGGCUCUGGAAAAGAAGCCAAAGAACCCAGAAUUCACCUCUGGACUGGCAAUAGCAAGCUACCGUCUGGACAACUGGCCACCAUCUCAGAACGCCAUUGACCCUCUGAGGCAAGCCAUUCGGCUGAAUCCUGACAACCAGUACCUUAAAGUCCUCCUGGCUCUGAAGCUUCAUAAGAUGCGUGAAGAAGGUGAAGAGGAAGGUGAAGGAGAGAAGUUAGUUGAAGAAGCCUUGGAGAAAGCCCCAGGUGUAACAGAUGUACUUCGCAGUGCAGCCAAGUUUUAUCGAAGAAAAGAUGAGCCAGACAAAGCGAUUGAACUGCUUAAAAAGGCUUUAGAAUACAUACCAAACAAUGCCUACCUGCAUUGCCAAAUUGGGUGCUGCUAUAGGGCAAAAGUCCUCCAAGUAAUGAAUCUAAGAGAGAAUGGAAUGUAUGGGAAAAGAAAGUUACUGGAACUAAUAGGACACGCUGUGGCUCAUCUGAAGAAAGCUGAUGAGGCCAAUGAUAAUCUCUUCCGUGUCUGUUCCAUUCUUGCCAGCCUCCAUGCUCUAGCAGAUCAGUAUGAAGAAGCAGAGUAUUACUUCCAAAAGGAAUUCAGUAAAGAGCUUACUCCUGUAGCGAAACAACUGCUCCAUCUGCGGUAUGGCAACUUUCAGCUGUACCAAAUGAAGUGUGAAGACAAGGCCAUCUACCACUUUAUAGAGGGUGUAAAAAUAAACCAGAAAUCCAGGGAGAAAGAAAAGAUGAAAGACAAACUGCAAAAAAUUGCCAAAAUGCGACUUUCUAAAAAUGGAGCAGAUUCUGAGGCUUUGCAUGUCUUGGCAUUCCUUCAGGAGCUGAAUGAAAAAAUGCAACAAGCAGAUGAAGACUCUGAGAGGGGUUUGGAGUCUGGAAGCCUCAUCCCUUCAGCAUCAAGCUGGAAUGGGGAAUGAAGACUAGAGAUGUGGUGCCCACUAAGCUACUGCUGAAAGGGAGCUGAAAUUCCUCCACCAAGUUGGUAUUCAAAAUAUGUAAUGACUGGUAUGGCAAAAGAUUGGACUAAGACACUGGCCAUACCACUGGACAGGGUUAUGUUAACACCUGAAUUGCUGGGUCUUGAGAAAGCCCAAGGAGUUCUGGGAGAGGGACCAGAUUGGGGGGUAGGUCCAAGGGCUUGGUGAUAGAAUUAUUUCUCAAUUGACUUCUUGAGUGCAAUUUGAACUGUAACAUUUGCUUAGUCACCUUUAGUGGAGUAAUCCACUGGGCUUGUUUCUAUAUUUAUAUAAAGCAGCCAAAUCCUUCAUGUAAUAUUGAAGUCCAUUUUUGCAAUGUUGUUCCAUACUUGGAGUCAUUUUGCAUCCCAUAGAGGUUAGUCCUGCAUAGCCAGUAAUGUGCUAAGUUCAUCCAAAAGCUGGGGGACCAAAGUCUAAAUAGGGCUCAGUAUCCCCCAUCGCUUACCUCUGCCUCCUUCCUCCUCCUUCCCAGUCUAUCAUCAACCUUGAGUAUUCUACACAAUGUGAAUUCAAGUGCCUGAUUAAUUGAGGUGGCAACAUAGUUUGAGACGAGAGCAGAGAACAGGAAGAUACAUAGCUAGAAGCGAUGGGUACAAAAAGCAAUGUGUACAAGAAGACUUUCAGCAAGUAUACAGAGAGUUCACCUCUACUCUGCCCUCCUCAUAGUCAUAAUGUAGCAAGUAAAGAAUGAGAAUGGAUUCUGUACAAUACACUAGAAACCAACAUAAUGUAUUUCUUUAAAACCUGUAUGAAAAAAUAAAUGUUCCACCAGUAGGGAUAGGGGAAAAGUAACCAAAAGAGAGAAAGAGAAAGGAAUACUGGUUUAUCUUUGUAGAUUGUAAUCAAAUGGAGAAAUUUGCAGUAUUUUAGCCACUAUUAGGAAUUUUUUUUUUUUGUAAAAUGAAGACUGAACUUUGUUCAAAUGCUUUCAUGAACCUGGUUUGAGAUGAUAGGAAAGCAACAAAAUGUGGGAACCUGGUGACUAAGGGCCUGGUGCAAGGACUUGGGAAAUGUCAUUGAUAAUAGACGGUGGGGUUUCCCCCCUUUAGAAAUGUUGGAUAUUAAGUGAUAUAAACACUUCUUUUAACUCUGAAAAUAUUCUGAGAAAUCACAAAAUUCAUGGUAUGCUUGGAACAAUUGAGAUUUUCUAGGUAGAUGCUGAAUAGCCUAGACAUCAAAGUUGGUGUGAACCAAAACAAGAGUCAGCUGACCCAGCAUCAGCCACACUCUGGGUUGGAAAAUGUUUGCCUGUUGGAAUUACUUUAAGCUUAAGUAUAUAUCAACAUUAUUUUAUUGUGCAAUUAAAACAAUACAAAUUCAUGGUUUUUUAAAGUUAAAAAUUCUAACCACUAUAACAACAGUUUUUGUGUUAUUUUCUGUAUUAAAAAUCUUGUUGCAUGCAUUUGAGGUCAUCAGGGUGCAAAAUUUGUAUUCCUGAAAAUGUCAUAUAUUUUCAUUAAUAAAUAACCUAAAUAUGAUAAAACAUAAAGCAGUGUUCUGGUUCAUCUGGAAUUUUGCUGUACUUUAAAUCUUUCAGACUCAGCUACUGAUAAAUGAAACGUUACACAGGUGUGAACCAAAUCCAAAUAACCUCGACUGGUCUACUAUCAUAAUCACCUGAACAGAACAAAACUUUUUCCUCAGCUUUAAGAGUCCAGGGCUUCGGAUAACAGCUGCCAUCUGCCACCUGCUACCAUUGACCUACAUGAACACAGACAUUCUGUCUCCACCUUGAUGGUGGGUGGGCUGCUCCCCUUUUCUUUGUUAAAUUUUGUGCUUUCAUCACAUUUUCUCUAUUCUGACCUCUGUUAUGAGAAAUAAAAGUCACUGAUUCCA